UUCAACUUUUGUAAUGUAGCAGUGGUGUGGCUUAUCUAUUGCUCCUGUGAAGCAGGACCGAUUCCCAUAUUAGACACUUGUCUGGAGCAGUACUUGGACCAAAGUGCCAUUUACUUAUUGAAAAUCAAUCAAAUAAAAAAUAAAUAAAAAUAACCAGCCCUCUGGGCUCAUGGCCAUUUGCCUAUAAUACAGUAUGUUCAUGCAGUAGGAGAUGGUAUGUUGCCACUACUACGUGUAGAUCAAGUCUGGACCUGCCUGAUAGCUGCUCAUAAUUUACCAAAAACCUGAACCAACACAGAUAUCCGUUUUAAUUUUCCUGCUUGCCAACAAAAGAACCUUGUGAAAUAGGUAGGGCAUACGUCAUAGGUAUUUUGGUGGCAUGUAUUUAUAGGAUUAUAUCUCAAUACUUUAUUUGAGACUCCUAAUUAACAUGCAUUCAUUGGAUCUGUGCUUGCCAGUUUUAAUUCCCCUUUUGUUUGGAUCAGAAUUUCCCCAUUUCUAAAGCUUGGCUUGGGUAGAUAUCAAGUCUGUUUUUUUCCUGUUACUUCUCUUAGCUCCUAUCCACCCUCUGGAAUUAUAAGAAUGUGUUACCAUGCUGGUAAUACGUAUGUGUGAGUUCUUGUGGGCUUUGGAUGUGGAGACAGACACACAACGAGCUUCAUGCUGAAGACACUGAGAUUUGAAUGUUUCUCCAAUGGCACGGGAGUUUAAUCUAACCACCCAAAAACAAGACUUUUUGAAGGAAUGUUAUCUCAAAGAAGUCCUAAUGCGUGCCAGUUGGCGGCAUCGCUAUGGACAGAACUUACCACGUUUCGCAAAUACAAAACACAACAUUUCUGUGCCAAAAAUGAAGGAUCAUUUUAAGUUGCCGGCUAUUUCUGAUUCAGCCUCACAUGGCAGUAUGGAUAAGAAAAUAUCUGGGAAUAGCCAUGAAAACAACCAAGGCCCAAAAGAUAUUAACAAAAUAGAUGGAGGAGAGACAACUUGCUUUACUGAUACUGUGAUGAGACCUGCCAGUCCCGGAACGCUAACUCUUCUGUAUUCUGGAACUUCUAAAGAGGAGCAAGGACGUUACCACUACAUGAGAGUAAGGAAUAAACUCAAACCAGAGAACAAAUACACUUACCCAUUAAUUUCCAGCUGGGAGUAUGGGUGGCAAAUGGGUAGUGCAACUAAAAACAAUAGAAGUUUGUACCGGCGUUGUCCUAUUGUGAAUGACACCUUCUUCAGAAAGAAUGGUAUACCCUGCGAACCGCACCCUAAGGAUAUGGCCUUGUAACUUUGUCAGACUGAAAAACUGAGGAUUUAAUCAAUUUAUGAUCAUUUAAAUGCAAAAAAGGAAAUUUCAUUUGUGUGACCUAAUUCCACUGUUUAUAUAACAAAAAAAAUAAGUAGUAACCAUAGAAACAUAUUUACUUUAUCAAAUUUUAUUGAAUUUCUUGUGCAUUCUUGGGUCAAAUUCUUUUAGCGCUAUUACAUAGUUAAUCAGGUUGAAAAAUUACCAUCUAGUUUAGCCAAUAUUUUUUUUUUUAAUAAAAUAAAAUAAUCAUACA